GUCACAUCCCGUCUAGUGCCACACUGUAAAGAUGGCGACGAGUUUGUUGCGCCUCCCUCUGCGACAUUUUGUUAAAAAUACGGCGACACUGAGCCGUAACAGCAUAUCAAAAAUAUCAAACGUUUCUAAGACUACUCAGAUACGAGGCGUCGUAUCAACACCGUCAGGGGCAAUUCUGCCGAAACCGGAGAAAACUCCCUUCGGUCUCACCCGCAUGUCAAUAGUGGUCAUACCUUUUCUGUAUGUGGGAACUCUAAUCAGCAAACACUUUGCCGCUCUCUUGGAGGAGCAUGAUAUUUUCGUCCCAGAGGAUGAUGAUGACGACGAUUGAGAUAACUUCAGGAAAACAAUGGCUCCUGUACAGUUUACACUGUAUUAGCACCAGCCAGCAUGGGGAAGAUGGGGCAGUUUGACUUCCAGACACAGCCCUCUACCUCCAACUAUCUCCCUCAUCUCUCCAAUGCUAUUACCUUGUUUGCAUUAUAAUAUCAUAUCAUGGGAGUCUGUAAAAAUGAAUAGUUAUGCAUCACUCUUGUUUGCAUGUUUGUGAUGUUCUACUCAAUAAACCGAGUCGAUUACA